GCCAAGAGAAAGAGCUAUUCCGAAGUCGCCUUUUGUUUUUGUUGACCUGGUGCGGCUUUUCAUCCAGUUCGCCCGAGUUUAUUUCCAUGCCAAAUGGCCGCCUUCAUGGAGGAAGCGUUAGUGGAGGCACGGCGGGCACGUGACGCCGGCGAGGUGCCCGUGGGCUGUGUGUUCGUUCAUGGGAACAAGGUAGUCGCACGUGGCGGGAACGAGGUGAACGUCCACCGGAACGCCACCCGCCACGCGGAGUUCAUUUGCAUAGACGCGAUCCUGGCCAGCUGUCGUGAGAAGCGUCUGCCGGCAAAGCAGCUGUUCAGCGAGAUCACCGUGGUGGUCACCGUGGAGCCCUGCAUCAUGUGCUCCGCCGCCCUGCACACUCUCGGGGUCAAGGAGAUCAUCUUCGGUUGCGAGAACGACCGUUUCGGAGGCAAGACGGUGGUGGACGUGGCAGCCGUCGUUGGACAGAGGAUCGACAUCACCGGCGGCGUGCGGGCGGACGAGGCGAUGGCCCUGCUUAAGGAGUUCUACAAGGGCGACAAUCCGGCAGCACCGCCACAGGCCAAGAAGAAGAAGUAGAUUAGUCAGAGGAACCUUACUUUCCCGAACAGGAAUGAAGUAACCAACUAAUUAAGAAUCCGCUGGCCGAAAAGAGGUGGAUAGGUCAGAGGAUCCCACUCAAGUAGAGAUGGAACCAAAAACUUAAGGGACACGGAGCAUAUUUUAACAACUAUUUAUGAAGAGAUAAAGGCAGCCACCAACAAAGUAAAUCCCGGAACCCAUUUACAACAUAAAAAUCAAAAGGCACAACUUAUUAAGCCACUCCCUUAAAAAGGGGCAAACCAAUAAACUUUCCAAAAUGUUCCAUGAAAUUGAGAUAGGAAUUUUAAAGAAAAUAUUAAGUGGAUUAACCAGAAACUACUAACUAACAAAAUAAAACAGUUAGCAAAAAACUACAAACCCUAACAAUUGCAUGCCGGCAACAAGAAGUAAUUCCCAAAAGUAAAAUAAGUUCCACUGCAUCAUUUGUCGAUGUUUUCUGUAUAUGUUUCAAUUUAUUAUAAACUUUAAGCAUAGUCUAAGAUAUAUAUAUGUAUAUGGCGUUCAGAACGUAUGUUUAAACUCUAAACAUAAAUACAAUUACUGCAAGAAAGCUA